UGUUUUACAGGUGUGAGUUACAAGCCACCAUUUAAAUUUUGCCUGAAAUGGAAAACGACGCGAGGAGGUCCGUAUCUUAACCGGUCAGAAAACGAGCGAAUACGCUAAUCCAAACGGGGCUUACGGGUAGAUUUCCCCUCCCGCACGAAUUCGCCUCGCCCGCUCUCGACUCGAUCGAUCCCCUUUCUGCCGCCACCACCGCCGGCGGCAGCGGCUGUUCCCACCUCUCCGGGCGCGUCGCCAGCCACGUGGGUGCUCGGAGAUGGGCGGCGGGCUUCUUCUUCCCCGCACGAGGAGUCUGAUGCUGUUCCUGCGGCCGAGGGGCUACUCCGCCACCGCCGGUUCUUCGCGCGGCCCGCUCCACGUGUGCGUCGUCGGCAGCGGCCCCGCCGGAUUCUACACGGCCGAAAAGGGUGCAGCCAUAGCCGUGGAGCUGAUGCUAAAGGGUCACGAAAGAGUGCAAGUGGAUAUUAUUGACAGGUUGCCGACACCGUUUGGCUUAGUUCGUUCUGGAGUGGCUCCAGAUCAUCCAGAAACAAAGAUUGUGGUAAACCAAUUUUCUCGUGUAGCUGCGAAUCCCCGCUGCUCUUUUUUUGGGAAUGUUACACUUGGAAGUGAUGUAUCUCUAUCAGAGCUACGGAAGACAUAUGAUGUUGUUGUUCUUGCUUAUGGUGCAGAAAGUGAUAGAUCAUUUGGUAUUCCUGGGGAGGACCUCAGAGGAAUACAUUCUGCUCGAGAGUUUGUAUGGUGGUAUAAUGGGCACCCAGACAUGUGCAACUUGGCACCUGACUUGACAAACACAGAUUCUGCUGUGGUCCUUGGACAGGGAAAUGUUGCGCUUGAUGUUGCCCGCAUUCUUCUCCGCUGUACAACCGAGUUGGCUUCCACUGAUAUUGCUGGUUAUGCUUUGGAUGCUCUCCGUAGCAGCACAAUAAGGAAGGUUUACUUGGUUGGGCGACGAGGCCCAGUACAGGCAGCUUGCACAGCAAAGGAAUUACGUGAAAUUUUAGGUUUAAAAAAUGUCAAUGUUUGCAUCAAGGAGGCUGAUCUUGUGACAUCACCUGCGGAUAAGGAGGAGAUGAAGAAUAGUAGAAUUAAAAGACGCGUGUAUGAGUUGCUAUCAAAAGCUGCUACCAUGCAUCAGGAAAACAACGACAAUGGCCAAAAGGAGCUUCACUUUCUGUUUUUUAGGAAACCUACCAAAUUUCUCCCUUCUGAAGAUGGCUCCACGGUUGGUGCUGUGGAACUUGAAAAGACUCUCUUAAAAGAUGAUGGAGCAACUGGAAAGCAGGUGGCAGUUGGAACUGGCGAGUUUGAAGAUCUAAAAUGUGGAAUUGUUUUGAAGAGUAUUGGUUACAAAUCCUUGCCAGUAGAAGGUUUGUCCUUCGACAAAUACAGAGGAGUUGUCCCAAAUUUGAGGGGCAGAGUUCUGUGCAGUGAAUCAGAGACUGCCACGGUGGAACCCGGACUGUACGUGGUAGGAUGGUUGAAGAGAGGACCAACUGGGAUUGUUGCUACAAAUCUCCAUUGUGCCGAAGAAACGGUGGAUAGCAUCCUUGAAGACGACAGGAAGGGUGUAUUCACGGACCCAUCUGGUCCGAAAAGGCGAGGCCGUCGGGGACUACUUGAGAUUCUAGAACAGAAGAAUGCCCGCUACGUGCCCUUCGAUGGCUGGGAGAAGAUUGACUCCAAAGAGAAGGCGGCCGGCGAGCUGAAGAACAAGCCUAGGGAGAAGAUCACCAGAUGGAAUGAGCUCCUGGAAGCUGCAAGGGAGGGUUAAUUGAAGGGCCACACAUACGCAUCUGAAGGAGUUGCUGGUUCAGGCGUAAACCGAAUCAAAGAAACAGACCACGAGGCACAAUCUGAAUACUGAAAGAACAGCAAAUCACGUACAUACUGAACCAAGGAAAGUCAAGUGCUAAUGCCGUCUUAGCUAUGAAUCAUAGCGUACCAAUGCUGGUUGAAAUUCCCAAAGGCCCGACCACUGAAGCCACAUGAAUUGGUUGUAUUCGUGAGAUGCCACCUCAUCUAAAUCAUGAGAAUUUCUUUUGACAAUGAACAUGUUCAGUCCACCACUAACACUAAAAAACAGUAAGCUUAGAGCA